GGAAAACUGAUACACAGCUCUGAUGUUGCCUGCAAGGGAGGGUCAUCUGGACACAGUAAUGGUCUCAUGGAACACGGAGCUGAUGCAAAGAUUAGGAAUGUGGAAGGCAUCACAGCAUCCGAUGUGGCAUCAGCCAAUGAAUUUUGGGAUUUGUGUGCCGUAAUUGAACUAAUGGAGCCACAAGCUACAGCUGAUAUCACAGAGGUUUAUGUUAGUCAAGAUGUUAGAUAUAAAUAA